AUGGAUAGACCGUCUAUUUACAGAAGGUUUUAUCAUUCACAGCGAUUGCACUUGACAGCAUCAAGAACUGUUGCUGAUGGGUUGGAUUCAGGAAUUAUUCUAGAACAAGCGCUUACAGUUGUUCUUGAGCCUAAUAUUCAGAGAGCUGGCAUGAGCUAUCCAAGUGAAACAAAGAUUCAACCAAGCUGGUCUCUGAGUUCAAUAUUUGGACGAAAAAUAAAUGGAAGAUGUGUUCUUGCCAAGUCGAGUAAUGUUUACCUUCAAGUUGAAAGGGGUCUAGUUACUAAACUUGAAGAGCUCCAGGAGAAUACUGCUGCAUAUGCUUCUAAUGACAUAGGUACAGAUGAUUUGAGGUGGAAUCUUGGCUUUGACUUAACUGUUACCCCAGACAGGGUCCAUAGAGAGCUGGAAAAAAACUCAGUUCUGUAUGAAUAUUCAAUCAAUGGGUACAAAGACACCGAACAGUUUGAUUUAGGCCUAACUUGGAAGCAUCCAGUUGUUUGGUCCAGUUCACACGCACCUUUAUAUGCCAGUAGAUUUUUAAUGGGAAGUGGAAAUGAAAGGGGUUCGAUUGCAAUAUCCUUGAAAUCUACGGAUUUGACUAAGGGCUUCGUUGCAGCCAGUGAUCUUGAAGAGAGGUGUAAGUUACAAGUUAAUGUUCUCCAAAUUGUGCCUUGGUAUAUUAAGGUACAUUACCACACCUUACAAUUAUUAGUAGAUGAAAAGCCUCAAGUAGUCACAGACUUUGUUGAGAGAAUGAGUGUUUCACCUUCUGAAGACAAAGUAUCACUAGGGAUGAUGGAGCUGAUCCUCAUGCUUCCUUGUGACAUUAAAUCUGCUGUAUUAAAUAUAGAGUUUGAUAAGGAAAUCAUUGAUGGACAUGGAAAUAGACCACCAUCCAUCAGAGGACCAACACCAUUCAAAGAACCCACACCUUCUCCACAACCUUUCAGAGGACUAACAUCAUUUAGAGGAAUUCUAAUUUCAACUCCUAGACAACAACCUCAAGACCAAUGUUUCAUGUAUUUCAAAUUUAAGGAGAAGAAGUUAUUUGGGUGGUACAAUUUAAGAAUUUGA